AUGGCGAAGGGUAAGGACCCAUGGCUUUGCGAAUUCGAAGAGGCCAUGAAGCUUGCAGACGAUGUAAUGCAACGGAUACAGGAACGUAACGAGAUGAUUGCCCAGGGAGAGGACCCUGCGAGGUUGAUCUCGGCGACGCGCAGGAAGAUCAUUAUGCUGGGCACCAAAGCGGACCGUAUGGAGGCGAUGCUGAAGAACCCUCCAGAGACGCUUACCAUCAGUGAAAAGGAAUUGUACCGCCGGCGCGACAUGCUCAUGGGCGUGAGGUACAGGACCAAGCAAAUGGCGGCAAGUCUGUCGACGUCCGCCAACGUGAACCGCGGCCAGCUGCUGGGUGAUACCGGAAAGCGGCAAGAGCCGCCUUCCGAGACCGAGAAAACUGCUGGUUUGGACAACAGGGGGGUUCUGAGCAUGCAGAAGCAGAUCAUGAAAGAGCAAGAUGACGAGUUGAAAGAGCUGGCAACCGCUGUUACAAGCACAAAGCACAUUGCACUGACGGUCAACGAGGAGCUUGAUCUGCAUAACAGAUUGCUGGAUGAUCUGGAUCGCGACGUCCAGGGGACGCAAUCGAGAAUGAAGGUUGCACAGACGAAGCUCGCGAACGUUGGCAAACGAAUAGGCAAGGGUUGCUCGGUGCUGUGCCUUCUGUUGGUUAUCAUUGCUCUUAUUGUAAUUGUUAUUGCCUUGUUGGACAUUCUUCGAUAGUACCUGAGCGUACGUAUGGUGUGGACAGUUCUUUUCAG